GAAAUGCCUCGUAAAGUCACAGUGUAUAUUACUGCACUGUCUGGCGAUGGACUUGAAAAGAGUCGAAUUUGGUUCCGUGAAUAUGUCAAGCCCAUUCUUGUUGCAGGUGCUGUCGAUUACGAAAUUAAAGAAGCUAAAUCACCUGGCCAAAUCGAAACUUCUGUCAUGGAAAAAAUCGUUCAACGUCGUUGCGAAGCCGUCGAAACA